AUCGGUCAAGGCCGCUGCGGGACGGUGUGGGCAGUCCUUUGUUCGAAUUGCACUGGGCAUCAUCAUUUAGCCAUGAAACGCGAGGAUGGCAGUACUGGGAGGUCAAUCUUGCAUGAAUACCAGAUGCAUCGGAAAUUACUCGAAGCGUCUCUACUAUAUGAUAUCACUUCUUUUGCAAUACCUCGAUCCUUUGGAUAUCUAAGCUACCAAGAUAUCACAGCUUGGUCGGGCGUCCUACCACGACUACCUGAAAAUUACACAGGAUGUAACGCCAUUGUCAGCGAGAAGAUAAUACCCCUCCCAUCUUCCACCAGAAGGCUCAUUGUUCAAAACUUUCGACCCGAUGUGGAUGAAGAGAGCGUUUUGAAGAGCCAAAACAACGAGCAUUGCCUUAUUCGACCGUACCUUGCAUUCAGUCUACGGAACUUCCCACUACAUUUGGACCAGAUGGAACACUUGGGGAUUGACCCAGGAGAUUAUGCGAUGGCAAUGGCCGAUGCUUUGGCUUUCCUGCACUGGGUUGCGAAGGUGGAUGGCAAUGAUGUCGAAUAUGUACUCGCUCAGCCUCGAAGCCAACCUGAUGCUGUCUCAAAUCAGAUGCAACUUGAGGGGGGGCACUCAAAUAAUGCCGACAUACUAGGCCCUCAUACAAUGUGGAUAUUGGACUUUGACUUGUGCAGGGAUUUGACUCUCGACGAAAAAGGCAUCGAGCAAGCCAGUAACGCAUUUUGGGGCAACGAUCCAUACUAUCCACGACCCUGUAGUGUGAAUCCGGCAAAUCAGAGACUUUGGAGCAUUUUUGAAGAGCGGUUCAUACAAUCCAGC